AUGUCGAGAGAUAAUUUUAAUUUUAAAUUUAGUCAAUGUUUUGGUGAUAAAGCUGAUAUUGUCGUCACUGAGGCAGAUAUAAUAACUGCAUCAGAAUUUGACCAUACUGGGAAUUUCUUAGCUACAGGUGAUAAAGGUGGUAGAGUAGUAUUAUUUGAAAGAAGUAAUAGUAAACAUUGUGAAUAUAAAUUUUUAACAGAAUUUCAAAGUCAUGAUGCCGAAUUUGAUUAUUUAAAAUCUCUUGAAAUUGAAGAAAAAAUUAAUCAAAUUAAAUGGUUAAAACCUGUUCAAAAAUCUCAUUUUUUAUUAAGUACAAAUGAUAAAACAAUUAAAUUAUGGAAAAUUUAUGAAAAAAAUAUUAAAUUAGUAAGUGAAAAUAAUUUAUCAGAGGGUUAUGGUUUAAAACAAAAAAAUAUGAUUAUUGGCGAUGAUUCAAUGAAAUCCGUAUUAAAAUUAUCAAGUUUAAAAUUACCGGUACUAUCACAACAUGAUAAAAUUAUUGCUGCAACACCAAAGAGAAUAUAUGCAAAUGCACAUACUUAUCAUAUUAAUUCAAUAUCACCAAAUUCUGAUCAAGAAACUUUUUUAAGUGCAGAUGAUUUAAGGAUUAAUCUUUGGAAUUAUGAUUUACCUGAAGAAAGUUUUAAUAUUGUUGAUAUAAAACCUGCUAAUAUGGAAGAAUUAACAGAAGUUAUUACAAGUGCAGAAUUUCAUCCUCAAGAAUGUAAUCUAUUUAUGUAUUCAUCUUCAAAAGGUACUAUAAAAUUAUCUGAUAUGAGAUUAAAUGCAUUAUGUGAUGAUAAACCAAUUAUAUUUGAAGAAUAUACAAAUCCAAUAAAUCAUAAUUUUUUCACAGAAAUUACAUCAUCAAUAUCAGAUAUUAAAUUUAGUCCGAAUGGAAGAUAUAUUGCUUCAAGAGAUUAUUUGACGGUUAAGAUAUGGGACAUUAAUAUGAAUAAUAAACCAUUGAAAACAAUUAAUAUUCAUGAACAAUUAAAGGAAAGAUUAAGUGAUACAUAUGAAAAUGAUGCAAUCUUUGAUAAAUUUGAAGUAGAAUUUAGUGGUGAUAGUUCAAGUGUCAUGACAGGUUCAUAUAAUAAUAAUUUUAUGAUAUAUCCAAAUGUUGUGAAUACUAAUGAAGAUGAUCAUUCUAGUAUAGUGAAGACAUUUGAUGAUAAUAGUAGUGGAAGUAGUAGUAAUAACAGGAAUAAAAAUAGUCAUAAUAAUAAUAAUAGUAAUAAUAACAAUAACAAUAAUAAUAAUAAUAAUAAACAGCAUAAACACAAGAAUAACAGUAGUAAUAAUAAUAUGUUUGAAGGAAACAAUAAUAGUAGUAAUGGUGAUGAUAGUGAAAAUAAACUUGAUGAAAUUGUUUUACAAGCAGAUAAGACAGCAUUUAGAAAUAAACAAUUCGGGUCAUUAUCUCAACGAACCACUAGGAAUAAAGAAUGGGGAGAUGAUAUUGAUUUUAAAAAAAGUAUCUUGCAUUUCUCAUGGCAUCCUAAAGAGAAUAGUAUUGCAAUUGCUGCAACGAAUAAUUUAUUUAUUUUCUCUGAAUUGUAA